UUAUACAGUCCACAUCACAGUGCUAGCACCAAACGCGCCUCUCCAACUGCCCCCUUCCAGAAUGCGCAGCCCGCGGGGCCUCCUCGCCGUCUCCGGCUAUCUUGCCGGCCGCCACGCUCGGGCGGCCUCCGUAUCCACCACCGGCCACCACUCCCUCUUCUUUGCCCGCGCCUUCCAAAUCCUAGCCCAGCCGGAGCCCGUCCGCCUCCAGGAGCUCUCGGCACCCGACUCCGGGAUCCUAGAGCUGAGGCUUGAGCGGCCGGAGGUCAAGAACGCCAUCAAUUGGGAUGUGAUGAGGAGGCUGCGGAGCGCCAUAGAGAAGAUUCAGGCCGACGCGACGGCGAAGGUCGUCCUGGUUGUGAGCUCCGUGCCGGGGGCUUUCUGCGCAGGCGCCGACCUCAAGGUCUGGACUUGCCCGGAAAGGAAACUAAUGAGCUCUUCUGAAGUUGGAGAGUAUGCUAGAUCUUUGAGGUCUACAUUCUCUUCUUUUGAGGCACUCCCUAUUCCAACAAUUGCUGUCAUUGAAGGAGCUGCUUUAGGUGGUGGGCUAGAACUUGCUCUUUCAUGUGAUCUCCGCAUAUGUGGGGAAAAUGCAGAACUUGGACUGCCAGAAACAGGCCUUGCCAUUAUACCUGGAGCCGGAGGCACUCAGCGCCUUCCUAGGAUCGUAGGGGGGUCCAGAGCAAAAGAACUGAUAUUCACUGGCCGGAGAUGUGAUGCAGCUGAAGCUGUAAUGAUGGGACUUGCAAACUAUUGUGUUCCAGCAGGGGAGGCUUAUCAAAAAGCUCUUGAUAUUGCACGCGAGAUAAUGCAGAAAGGUCCCCUGGGGAUAAGAAUGGCGAAGAAGGCUAUAAAUCAGGGGACGCAGGUCGCCGACAUGUCCUCGGCAUUGGCUGUCGAAGGGGAGUGCUACGAGCAGCUGCUGCACACGCAGGAUCGCCUUGAGGCCCUGGCUGCGUUUGCCGAGAAAAGGAAGCCUGUCUACACAGGAAAGUAAGCUGUUGGCUGGUGGUGGAGUGUUUGUAAAAGAUAAGGAGAAGCGGUGAACUGGCCUUGGAUUACCGAUGGAGGCCCAGUUACCUAUUUCAGCCUGGUUGUUCUGCCUGGGCAGACCGGGCUGCGUGGGCCAAUUCUAAACGAUUUUUCUGCCUUGCAUUAGGCCCAUCCGUCAAUGCCA